ACAGAAUAGGGUGACGAUUAUAAACUGGGACCGGGAAGAAUUGCCAGAGUUUGUGGUACUCUCACAUCCUAUCCCGAGUGACGAUGGAUGUGCAAGUCACGUGGUAAAUCAGGAUGUGGAUGUCCUACAUCUCUUGGCCUAUCCUAUGGAUCCUUACAACGGCAUCCCUCUACUGCUCGGCCCAAGAUCACGCUAAGGAAUUCAUAUGCGAAGCUGAGAAAUUUCCAUGCGGAAAUUCUUCCAUCUGUUUAGAUAGAGUGUAUCAUUGUGAUGGAAUCGUACAUUGCGAACAUGGCGAAGACGAAGAAAAUUGUGAUGAUAUUCACGGAUCGUUGGCAUCAAUUUUAAAAGAUCUAAACAAGACGCCAAUGGUUAAUGUCGUCUAUCUUUCUUCUUACAGAAACUGCACUAUUUCUCCAGUACCUGCUGGGUGUAAUUGUCGACAGUUCACUUGGCUUUCCUGCACCAAUCUUCAUCUAAAAAAUAUACCCAACAAUCUUUCUAGUAAUAUCACCAAACUUGUUCUAUCUAACAACAGUAUCGAAACACUCGAAAGAGGAUCAUUUCAAAAUUAUAGAAAUCUUAAAAUUCUUCAUUUAGGUGGAAAUUUAAUAAGAAAAAUCGAAAAUGGAACAUUUAUCGGACUUUAUAAAUUAAAAUUUUUAUUGUUAAUGAGAAACGACAUUCAAGAGAUAUCUCGUGGUAUGUUUCAACAUUUAGACAACGUCGAUUGGCUAGAUUUAAAAAAGAAUAAAUUAAAGAAAAUGGAUGUUAGAAUACUUCAUGAUUUACCUUCUCUUCGUGUAUUUGACUUGAGUUAUAAUUAUCUUACAAUGAAAGAAACUGAAUUUCCUAGACAUAGAAAUCUUUAUUGGUUAGACUUGAGAAGUAAUGAAAUUUCUAAAGUUAAAAGUCACACUUUUUCAUGGUUAAUAAAUUUAGAAUAUUUGUCUCUUAAAGAUAAUAAAAUUGAUGAUAUUGAUGAGACUGCCUUUCAAAGACUCAUUAAGCUGACUGAAUUAAAUCUUUCUUUUAAUCAACUAAAAUUUCUUAGACCAAAGCUUUUUUACAGCUUAAGAAAUUUAUCUAAAUUGAAAUUGGAGUAUAACCCUCUAACUUCACUUCCUGUAGAGAUUUUUCAUCAUCUUAUUAAUUUGAAAUCAUUGAACUUGAGUGGAAUUGAAAUUGAAAAUAUCAAUAUACAUCACUUUAAAUCUCUAAAAAAUUUAGAAUUUAUUUAUUUUAGAAAAUUCCUCUAUUGUAGUUACGCUCCUUAUGUUCGUAAUUGCAUGCCAAAAACCGAUGGAUUAUCUUCCAUCGAUCAUCUUCUGGUUUGGCCCAUGCUUCGUUUCUCCGUAUGGAUAGUAGCAUUAACAACUUGUAUGGGUAAUACUAUAGUACUUACAUGGAGAGUUUUAUCUAGGAAAGAAGAUCACGUAUUAUCUUUAUUCAUAAAAAAUUUAGCAGUGGCUGAUUUUUUGAUGGGAAUAUAUCUUUUGGCCAUAGGAGCACAGGAUUUAGCUUUUCGUAACAAAUAUAAUAGACAUGCCCACGCUUGGAUGUCCAGUUGGCAAUGCACCAUAUGUGGCAUCCUGGCUAUGAUAUCUUGUGAAGUUAGCGUGCUUAUUUUAUCUUUGAUAACAGUCGAGAGAUACAGAUGCAUCAGGAGUAACGUUCGUGUAGUAUCCAUAACUGCAGCACGAUACAGUUUAAUUAUUAUUUGGGUAUUCGGAAUUCUACUAGCUCUGUUUCCAAUGUUUCACUGGCAGAAAGGGCAGGACUUUUAUUCCACAAAUGGGCUUUGUUUUCCUCUUCAUAUAGAUGAUCCUUACAUGUUAGGAUGGCAAUAUUCUGCGUUUGUCUUUCUAGGAAUUAACUUUACUGCGGUAAUAUUGAUUAUUAUUCUCUACUUGAGGAUGUUUCUAAUCAUCAAAGACGAUCGUCAAAGAGCAAGACCAGUUAUGAUAAAGAAACACGAGGAUAUCGUUUUAGCUAUGAGAUUCUUUUUUAUAGUGUUAACUGACUGUUUAUGUUGGAUUCCUAUCGUCGUUAUUAAAGUCAUUGCCCUCAAUCAAAUAACAAUUUCUGAUAGUUUAUAUGCUUGCGUAGUGGUAUUUAUAUUACCCAUCAACAGCGCCCUUAAUCCAGUUAUCUAUACAAUGGCUGCUCCUACCGAAUUGAGAAGGAAGUUAUAUAAAUGGUUCGAGAGAGCAUCAGCGUGCCUUAAUAGGCUGGAAUAUCUAAUUGUAUCUGAAUCUAAAACAUCAACAUCUUCCCAAAUGACACAAAGCCUCACUACAACCGAAAGGAGAUCGUCUAGUAGUGGUUCCAUUUUACAAGCAGCCGGAAUACAUUCACCCAUAGCCGAUUGCCAAGUCGAAGAAACACCAGCCAACCAAAAUCCACCUUUAGCCAAGCAAGGAUUUGAAACUAUGUUGUGAUAUGAGACACAAGUACUGCUCAAGAGUAGAAUUAUAAUUUUUCCCAUCUUAUAAUUCUUAUUUGAUUUUAAUUUAUUAUAUUAAUUAAAAAUAUACACGAUCAUAAGAUAUAAGUGAUUUAUAUAAAGCAUUUUUUAAACUAUAUAAAUUGAAAAUUUCUCCUCUUAAAAAGAAAGAAAAUGAAGAUGUAC